GCCCACGGCCCGUAACACCCGCAGCCCUAGCAAGGCUGGAUUCCAAUCACGCGUGAUUUCAGCAUCUCACUGGCUCUCUUUGAGCCUCGGUACUUCUGUCCGUAAAAUGGGGGCGAGGGAUCCGACCGUCAGCCCCUGCUUGCUUGUGCGGAGUCAUGAGUACAGCUCGUGGAUCAUGAUAAGUGGCAGGUCCGGGAAGUGGAGGCCGAGUUCACGCAGUCAGCACUCAUAGCUCCCAGCUCCCGGCUCCGGAGCGGUUUCCAUGACAACCCGGCCAGCCACCAUCCCUAGGCCGAGCGGCUUGCGUCACGUCCGGCCUGUUUACUUCCGGGUCCCAGUCUCAGACGCAGCGAUGGCUCGUUAGGCUCCAAAGUGCGGUUCCGCCGGUUUCGUCCUCGCUCUUCGGCCUUCCGCUUUGUCCUCCGCCUCUGGGUUGUAGUCUCCGUCGGCCGCGGGCAUCGACCGCUUCCCGGAGCCAGCGCGCAGCCGUGGUCCACCCUCUCUUCGGGCCCGCCUCCUGGUGACAUCAUUUCCGGGCCGAGUGUUUCCGGGUCGCUGCUGGCCCCCGGGUACUGGUCUCAGUACCCCUGCAGCCGGCCGGAGAGGCUAGAGCCCGACGGGGCCCGGCUCCGGCGGCAGCCGCGCCUCUCGCUUGCUUCCCUCGGCCGGGCCGUCCUCGGCGGCAGUGUCAGGAGCACUCUGCUGGUCCAGGCAGCAACAUGUCCAUGCUUUUAGUGAUGUCCCUGCCUCUAAUCCAGAAGCCAUGGAGGAGAUAAGGUAGCCCCCCUCGAUCGGAUGGGGAAGCCCAGUUCAAUGGAUACUAAAUUCAAGGAUGACUUAUUUCGGAAGUACGUGCAGUUCCAUGAGAGCAAAGUGGAUACCACCACCAGCAGGCAGCGGCCUGGCAGCGAUGAGUGCCUGCGGGUGGCAGCCUCGACCCUGCUCAGCCUGCACAAGGUGGAUCCCUUUUAUCGAUUCCGGCUGAUCCAGUUCUACGAGGUGGUGGAGAGCUCCUUGCGCUCGCUCAGCUCCUCCAGCCUGCGGGCUCUGCACAGCGCCUUCAGCAUGCUGGAGACGGUGGGCAUCAACCUCUUCCUCUACCCGUGGAAGAAGGAAUUCAGAAGCAUCAAGACCUACACGGGCCCUUUUGUUUAUUAUGUCAAGUCGACAUUACUGGAAGAGGACAUCCGAGCCAUCCUGAGCUGCAUGGGCUACACACCUGAGCUGGGCACUGCAUACAAGCUCAGAGAGCUCGUGGAGACCCUCCAGGUGAAGAUGGUCUCCUUUGAGCUCUUUCUGGCCAAAGUCGAGUGUGAGCAGAUGCUAGAAAUCCACUCACAAGUGAAGGACAAGGGCUACUCCGAGCUGGACAUUGUGAGCGAGCGCAAGAGCAGUGCAGAGGAUGUGCGCGGCUGCUCGGACGCCCUGCGGCGGCGGGCGGAGGGCCGGGAGCACCUGACGGCCUCCAUGUCACGAGUGGCACUCCAGAAGUCGGCCAGCGAGCGGGCGGCCAAGGACUACUACAAGCCCCGCGUGACCAAGCCCUCGAGGUCAGUGGAUGCCUAUGACAGCUACUGGGAGAGCCGGAAGCCACCCCUGAAGGCCUCAUUGAGUCUUCGGAAGGAGCCUGUGGCAACGGAUGUGGGGGACGACCUCAAGGAUGAGAUCAUCCGCCCAUCCCCUUCGCUGCUGACCAUGGCCAGCUCCCCCCACGGCAGCCCGGAUGUGCUUCCACCCGCCUCCCCCAGCAACGGCCCGGCCCUGCUGCGCGGUACCUACUUCUCCACUCAGGAUGACGUGGAUCUGUACACAGACUCUGAACCCAGGGCCACCUACCGUCGGCAGGAUGCUCUGCGGCCGGAUGUGUGGCUGCUCAGAAACGAUGCCCACUCCCUCUACCACAAGCGCUCGCCCCCUGCCAAAGAGUCCGCCCUCUCCAAGUGCCAAAGCUGCGGGCUGUCCUGCAGCUCCUCCCUCUGCCAGCGCUGUGACAGCCUGCUCACCUGUCCUCCAGCUUCCAAGCCCAGCGCCUUCCCCAGCAAGGCCUCCACUCAUGACAGCCUGGCCCACGGGGCAUCUCUGCGGGAGAAGUACCCAGGCCAGACUCAGGGCCUCGACCGCCUCCCGCACCUUCACUCCAAAUCCAAGCCCUCCACCACGCCCACUUCCCGCUGUGGCUUCUGCAACCGCCCAGGCGCCACCAACACCUGCACCCAGUGUUCAAAAGUCUCAUGUGACGCCUGCCUCAGCGCUUACCAUUAUGACCCCUGCUACAAAAAGAGUGAGCUGCACAAGUUCAUGCCCAACAACCAGCUGAACUACAAGUCCACCCAGCUCUCCCAUCUCGUGUACAGAUAGACCGGCCUCGCCCCUUCCAGCUCCAAGGGCUACAUCAACCGACCUUUCGGGUUUCACGGUGAAGAAGUACUAACGCAUUGAUCUCAGAGGCGGAGGCCUGCACUUGACCAUGUAGGUGGCAGAGAUCGUGGGCUGGCUGUGUCCACGUGGGAGUUCACUUAGCGACUCAGAUGUCUCAACCAAUGGCUGCUUUGUUGUCUGACAAGGGAGAAGGUGGCACUUCCGUUCAGAUUCAUUUUGCUAAUCUCUCCACUCCCUGUUCAGUUGGUUCUUUUUUUGGGGUUUUGUUUUGUUGUUUUGUUUUUUCCUUUAAAGAGGAUUUCUGUCUCUGGGACCCUCGCCACACCUACCCCUCCCAUUGCAAAGCCAACUUGGACUGGGAAGGGCCCUUCAGGUCACCAAACAUCCACCUGGAGCGGCGAGCUAGAGGCCUGUUGGCUUGUGAAAUGAGCCCUCCUGCCACACGGGGCCUCUCCCAAAGGCUCAUCCCUUGGCCGCCCCCUUCCUAAACACAAGGAUCCCCAGCUGGACUCCCCACCCCCUGGCUUCCCCACCUCUCCAGGUGUCAAAGGUGAACCGAGUCCAGUAUUAGCUGAAUGUCAUUUCGUACACCACAGCUCAGUCAGCCCAUGGCCUUCGUGAACUUUGCUCCAACACACUGAUGUGUGGGCUUCCCACAGCAGGACUGACUUCCCCCUUUCUGUUGUUUGCACAUGCCCCUCUUACUGUACUGUCAAUAGAUAUUUUUGAGAUUUAUUUUUAAAUAAAUAUUCAACUUGC